GUGUUCCCGCCCACUCAACAUCCAGGCCUUUUGAAGGAUGGUGGGAGAUAUUCAACGAAAUACUGAAGUAAAAGAGCCAGCAAGCUUGAAGGACGGAGCAGGUAAUGGUGCUGUUAAGCUAGAAAAGAAGGCAAGGUAUCCAUAUGGAGCUGUCUUCUUCCUACUGACUUCUACAGUUGGGCAAAGCUACUCUGGGACAGGUCUCCAAGCAGUGCUGGAGUUGUAUUUCACUCGGUUUUUGUUUGUGUGUUUGACUCAGGCGGAUCAGCUGGGCACAGCAGCCGUCAACGUGUACAUUGCUCUCUACCAGAUAUGUGCCUUGUCAGCAGGAUUCUUAGCAGAUAGGAUUCUAGGCAACUUCUUGACUCAAGUUCUAAGCACUCUGUUGACUACUAUUGGGAUAUGCCUUCUAUCAUUCUCCACAUGGCAGUACACAGUGUCUCCACCUGGUUGCUGUGUUGCCAAUAGCAACAACAAGUCCGUGUACCUAUCCGGAUCCGAAUAUAGUGGCUCUUUUAACUGGAGCUCAAAUUGCAGCGAGCUGGACAAAGUGACUAUCCUUAAUCAGAUUGAUCUCAACAUCUCUCCAACGCUAAAUAUGAUCCUCUCUAUAAUUGGAUUAACUUUUUUCUCUGUUGGGUACGGGCACAUCAAUGCUAUACAGAGUGUUCUUGUUGCAGACCAGUUUACAGAAGAACAGACUAAGUCGAAGGAGCGGUCAUUCUCCUGGUAUUACUGGUGUUGUAACAUCGGGGCCCUAGUGGGGGAGUCCGGGAUGCCAGUUCUCAGACAGUCAGUAGGGUUUAUCAUCGCUUGGAUCACCAUUCUUGGGACAACAUCAAGCUCAGCGAUCGUAAUUUUCAAUGGAGGCUACCUGUAUUUCAAAAUACGAUUGGAGCGAUUAAAAUGUGCCUGUUCAAAGAAGCCAUCUUCUAAUGAGACAAAUCCUCUCCUCAAUAAAGAAGGGUCACAUUUUCUGCUGAUUUGGCUCAUUUGCAAAAGGUUUUCACCAGCAAAAUAUUCUAGUAAAACGGUACUACAAGAGCCAAUAAUCUGUUGUUCUUUGUGUUCUUUUAUGCUAUAGGGGCCUGCUUCAACGCAGUUGUAUGGUGUUUAGUGCGUACAUUCAUUCCCUGAUUACUUCAAUUCUGUAGGUGCAACAAGAAUGAUGUGCAUUAAGCUUCCUAUACUGUCAAACUUGCUACAGCUCUACCUUGUCAAAUUUCCCCGAGGACAAGACUGCGUAAAGGAUAUCAGUAUAGCAUCAGCCAUGGCAACUUUCGCACAUCAUUCUCAUAUCCUUUGCUGAAGUGUUGGUCGCAGUAACUGGGAUGAAAAUUAAUUGCCUACUUCAAGAACCCCAUGACUUCAGGAAGGACAAGCAAGUAAAAGGUUGAAUGGGGCUCAACAAAGUGGAUACCAAUUGAAGCUUAUAUUGCCCAAGUUUCAUAGCACAAUAAGAUGAUGUUGAAAGUGACACGUGUUGGAGAGAGCAUUAUACUGGACACCCUUGUAUGACCAGACCACUGUAAAGUAUCGACACAAUUGGAGGUGAUGCUGAGAAGUCAAAGGCAGUAUCUUACAAUUGCAGUGAACUGAGUGCAGACUUGCUAUGGUUAACUAACUGUUUAAAAAAACCUUUCACUUUUAUAUCCUCAUCGUUUGUUUAAUACAAUUUUAAUACUGUAUUGAUGUAUUGUUGUUUCUAAUGUUUGAAAUUGAUUUAGCACAAUACAAUCAGCACAACUGUUUCAGCACAUUAGAAUUCAGCACAUGUGCCGGUUUAGCACAUCAGGUUGUUUAGCAUAUGUGCAAACGUGCUAAAACUGGAGACAUUCGUUUAGCACGGUUUUCUGUGCUAAAUCAGC